GUUUCAUACCGUCACCGGCUGCGUAACUGAUCGCAUCUCCAAACAGACAGCUUCAGUGGAAUAUUGUGUGUUAAAGUUAUCACGAAUUUUCCAGGGACUAUACUUCUACUUAUAUUCAUUUAAAACAGUUACAACAACCACAAGAUUGAUUCCUACACCAUGAUGGACCGCAACCGACCGCGGGCUCUGUACACCAUUGAUCAAAUCCUCGGCACUCCUCGACAUAAUUUGCAUUCCGAGCUGAAAUGCAGCCUGCAGUCGGCGUCUUCCUCGGAAGAGACGGGGACUGCCGGUGGCGACGGAGGCGGCAGUCACCUGGGAGGCGGCGGAAGCACGUCUCCGGCCCCCGCGGGAGGCGGCAGUGGGGGCAGCGAUGACGAGAGCAUCAAACAACAGCAGCAGCCGCGCAAGAUACGGCGCAGUCGGACCACCUUCACCACCUACCAGCUGCAUCAGCUGGAGAGGGCCUUCGACAAGACACAGUACCCCGACGUCUUCACACGCGAGGAGCUCGCUAUGCGACUCGAUUUGAGCGAGGCUCGCGUUCAGGUUUGGUUUCAAAACAGAAGAGCUAAAUGGCGGAAACGAGAGAAAGCUCUGGGAAGAGAAACCGCCGGAUAUCUUCAUCCUGAUCCCUCACAAGGUUUUGGAGCCGAACUGGGCGUAGGGGCUGGACCUCUAGGUAUACCACCGCUCGGGGGUGACCCCUUUUGGCCAGGGGCUGCACUGGGGGGCCCCUUCGGACCGGCAGCCGCCAUGUUCGGCCUAUGGGGCAAGGGGGCCGCCGCUCCCCUCCACAAUCUCAUCUCCCAGUACGUGUUGGCAGGGGGUCACUUGCCCGUGCUUGGCACCGGAGCCCCAUAUCCUCCAGGGGUACCAAUGCCACGAUCCUCGCCUCUGCCCCCUGACUCCCCCAGUCCACCGCCGCCCUCCCUGUCACCCCCCUCGCUGCUCAGAGUUCGCGCCAAGGAGCAUCUCUACAACGGGCAGGCUCGUCGACGUCGAGAGGACCGUCACCACCCACGACGGGGACGGCAGGAGGUAUCAUUACCACCCCCACAGAGCCUUGAAGGAUGCCGGUGUCUUGGAAACAUCACCGUCUAGCAUUCGACAGGGGAAACCUGCAGUGUUAAAAACAGUACGUUAAAGCGUGUGAUACUGACUUGUGUAGAGAAUCUUCAUUGACAACUUUUAAAAAGCCAUACUAUUUAUCUGUCAUAGAAUGAUAACAAAAUGCAUUGCAUUGCUCAGUUUCUGACAACACAUAUUAUUUUUAAAACGUUUGAACGUUGUUGUUUAAAUAUUAUUACUAAAUUCCAGUUAGUGAAAAAGUGUUAAUUAACUGAUGAUAGUUUCAAAGUCUUUAAUUGUCAUUUUUUUUUGUUUGUUUUUAUUAGGAAAUUAUUUUAAAAUACCUAAUUUCCAUUCUAUGAUAAAAAAUAAGAGUCUUUUGUUCACCUAAAGAUUCAUUUCUUCAAUAGUUACUGUUUGAGUCUGAGCGACAAUUUUCGAGUAGUAGUGAAGUUUUAUCUAUAUUGAGUGAUAGUAUUCUCAUGUUAUUAAAACCAUAGAUCUCUGAAGAUACAGGUUUUGAUACAUUGUGUUGUUCAACUGGAAUAAACUUUGACACUUUUGUUGUUUAAAGUUGAAGCUUAAAAUACAACCGGAGAUGAUGCCAUGAAACGAGCAAUCGAAUCCAAGUUUAAUGUGAAAGCAACUAUCAAAGUUCAACAAGUCAAUGCAUUGCAUUGAGUUCCCAUCAUGUAUAAUUUAGGGUUGUGUUACAUUUUUAUAGUUCUUUGAGAAGUGCAACCACCAUUUAUUCUUUUGAUACGUAAAAUCUAACAGUGUGUUACACAUUAAAGUUGAGAAUUAUCAAACCAUAACUCGAGAAUUGAUUAUUGAUAGGUUGAUAUGAAAUCUGAAAAGAAUAAGAAGGGUUUAAAGAAUGCUCCUGUUUUUUGUUCACAAGGAAAAUUUACAGCAAGAAAAUGUAAUAAGAGAUAGCUGUGUUCCAAAACUAAACCCAUGUUCAUUAUUGUUGAUGAAUAUUGGACAUUAUAAAUAUGUUGGUUUUUUGUCCUUUUCGAAUCUCUAAGUGUCGUUGACAAAGAUAAAGUUAGUUAAACUGAUCUAACUUGUUCUAUCUCUUCAAAAAGAGACUUGGAAUGUUUAUUGGAGGAUUCAUUUUCAAAAUUCUUACUGUAUUUCAAUUGCGUCUACACUAUAAUGCUGUCUCUUAUUUUGAGUAAUAAGGUCUGAAGAAUGAUGAAUCGUUCAAGUGAUUGAAUUGGAAAAUAAAUUAAUAUAUUAUUGAAGAACGAUUGAAGUUGUCCAAUAUCAGUUCCUCAAUCAAUAUGAUUCGAUUAUUUAAUAUUCAAUUGCAUCUCUAAUUCUCUUUUUCCAAUUCAUUGUGAUGCGUAUGCAGACCUCGAUACCAUCAAUUGAGAAAACUUUAAGAAAAUAUAAAACUAUAGGCUUCUCUCCACACGAUGGUAUUUGCAAAGAAAUUGGCUGAUUUUGGUGUAAGUUGCACCUAUGCACUGAAUCGAUUGUUUGCAUUUUUUCGUGAAAGUUUCUGGUGAACAAUUCUUUAACUUUGUUUGGACUUGGUUUUUAUUCCUAACAAAAAUUUAACAUGUGUUUUAAAAAAAUCAGGUUGAGUAAUACCAUAGAGAAACAAUAGCGUAAGUAGAUAUCCCAUGGUAUAGGGCGUUUAUGUCGCAACUUUUACUGUUGCUCAAGCCGAUUAUUGUCGAAUACUGUCGAUUAUUGUCAACUAUCACUGUUUUGGCUGGGUGAGAGUCUAUGAACGGCACAAUAUGAGAGACUACCAGAGUCACACAGCUUCAUGGGAAAGAACUAAGUGGACUAUCGGCUUGAGUUAACAUUGAAAAUUGCGACUUAAACGCCCUAUACCAUGGGAUAUCUACUUACGCUAUAGUUUCUCUAAGGUAAUACUUCUUCCUUCCCUAGUAAAUAAGGUUCUCUAGAUCUAUUCGAUAUCGAUCAUGCAAUAGACCUCAGUCUUCCAUCUAUAUAGGAAAUACAAAGAUUCAAUCUCUCUCUAAUUGGAAAGAUACUAAACUCGAAGAUUUCGUUGAUUCAGAGAUGGGUGUCAUAUUAGAAUAAAUUGAUAAAAAAGCAUAACAAUUUCAUAGUACCCUUUUUUUAAAAAACUGUUUUAGAAACAAAAGUCAUCAUGAAAUUAAUCUUUAUCAAUUAACAAAUUAAGUAGCCCUAUUGAAAUACGUUAUUAGAAUUCAUCUAUUUUACUUCCUUCUUCCUUUGAAAUAAGGAAUUGGCUCACCUGAAGAGUUGAUUCGUUAAUUCAUUAUGUCUCAAAUAAAGCUUUCAUUUCAAGAUUCCACUUUUAUAACCAAUUUAAAGGAGCUGUUAAAAUAGAUUUGAAGACACGUGACUUGUCAAUUGUUAAUUUGAUUUUCGUCCACCAAAUGCGUAAUAAUCAUCAAAUAGACUGCAGCCUUUCAAAUUAAGCGAAAGAUGACCAGUAAAGAUGACAGAAUACGAAGAUGUGACCUAACUAAGCGUAAAAGUGAAAUUGAAAGGCCUAUUGAACAGUCCACCCUGGAAAGUUAUGAAUGAACGUAGUAUCAUGUUUUUCAGACCUCUUACUACCAUGUAGUAUUUCUCCAAUAUGAAUAGGAGUCUGGAUGAAUGAAUGAAAUUGAUCGUGUAUUUCCUGUCUUUUCUCACUUUUGCAGUUUACGCGUAUUUUUGAAUUGGCGAAGUGUAAAAUUGUCUCAUUGUUGGCGAGCUGGGCGGUCUGCUCACUAGCAUUGUUGUUCGAAUUCACUCAUUCAUUCAUCCUAAUUCAUUGGUGAAUCGAUUCACUGACCACAGCUGCUUGAGUUAGUUCCCAAACUUAGAAGGCAUGCAAUUCUUUAUAUAGAUCUAUUUUCCCGACAACUGUUCACCUAAUAGAAAAUCAAUCAAUAAGCUACUGAAAUCUUAACCAAGUAAAACAUUUUUAAUGGUUAAUGACAUGAAACCUCAGCAAUAUUGUAACUUGUUUAAUUCACAUUUUUCCACGGUUCUGUGAGUUUUCAAUUAGCGAGGUUCAACUGUAGUUAUUUUAUAUGUUAUACCUACAUGUAUAACCAAAGAUUCACACAUGUUUAAUGAUUGUAAAUGACUGUAAAAUACUCUCAUAUACCUUGUACAGUUAGUGGAAAGAUUCGAUCUCUUAGGUUAAGACUAGUAUAAAAAAUUGUUAUUAAUGGAUUACUAAAAGAUGUACGAAGUUUAAGCACUACCUCCGUAAACACGUUUACGGAGGUAGUGGUUUAAGUCUGUUCUCCUACUGUUUUUACAAACUGGAAAAUAUGCUUACAAUUUGUAAUGAAUAUUAUAUUAUCAUAAAAUAGAAAAAUAUUAGAAGAUUUGUGACCACUACCUGUUCAUUACAUUAAAUUAAAACUCAUGAACCAAUUUAAAACAAAAUAGAUGUAAUCUUUCGUGAAAUAAUAUUCCAAUAUUUAAGUCACUGUAAAUUAAGUAGGGAGUGCGAACCUGUAAAUAUGUAGUAAUAUGUUGAUAAGAAUAAUUAAAAUGAAUGUGAAACGUUGAA